AGACCUCCUUCCAGAUCCUUCAGACCCAGUUCUCCACAAGUAGUUCCCGGCUCCAGAUCAGGCUCUUCCUUGGGCAGUAGACCAGGAACUCCAUCGUUUAUAAAAAAUCAGGAACCUUACACGGGCACCAUAUCUGUGUCUAUCAGACCAAAUCCUCAUAGUGUUAAUUCCUCUCAACCCAGUGCCUGGGAGGUGGACCAUUUUUCUAACACCAUCACUAAUACUUCAGACUAUACCUCGUUCACUUUUGAUAACGUGUUCUCACCAGACACUGCUCUCACAAACAGAGAAGUAUAUACGAGAUCAUGUUCCAAUAUAGUCAGCCAAUUCUUGAACCAGGGCUAUAAUGGUACAGUAUUUGCCUAUGGUAUGACAGGUUCAGGGAAAACAUUUUCAAUGAAGGGAGAGGUUGGCGACCCUGGUUUUGUAGAGUUGGCCGUAGAAGAUAUAUACCGAAAGAUCGACAUGGACAGUCUUGCUAAAGAAUACACUAUCAGCAUCAACUAUCUUGAAAUCUACAAUGAGAAAAUCAUCGAUCUAUUGCUGGCAAGUUCAACAGCAACUAUGGAUUUGAAGAUCCGCGACGACCCUAUUCACGGAACUAAAAUAGUAGGAAUAACCACACCUGUCAUUUCAUCUAAAGAACAGUUAUUGCUGUUGAUAAAGAAAGGAGAUAUCAACAGAAAAACAAGUGCUACAGAUUUCAAUGCAAGAUCCUCAAGAUCGCACUCCAUUCUUCAGAUCAGAUUGGCCACUAUUGACCUCAACAAUAGAACGGAACAGCAUUCCACCUUGUCUUUGUGUGACUUAGCAGGUUCAGAAAGAGCUACUUCCAGUGUAGAAAGAAGAAAAGAAGGUGCUUUCAUCAACAAGUCGUUAUUGGCUCUUUCCACCGUAAUCAACAAGUUAUCUUCGGCAUCUUCUGGCAACGGACCAACUGGUGCAGACCAUAUUCCAUAUCGUGAUUCCAAGUUAACAAGAUUGCUCCAGCCAGCUUUGUCUGGAUCUUCGUUGGUGCUGAUUUUAUGCACAAUUCAUUUGGGCUCUGGUGUCAGCCAGACUCUGUGUGUCUCAGAGACUUACAACACGUUGCGGUUUGCUGCUCGUGCCAAAGACAUCAUCAUGAAUGUUGAACGUAACUCAACUUCUUCCUUCAGUGGAGCAGACUCUAUGCUUCUUAUAGAGGAAUUAAGAAAGACGAUAGAGUCGCAAAAGAAUGAGAUUUCAAUCUUAAAGCUCAAUGGUAAUAUCGCAGGUCUGGGACAUGGCUCUAUCUCUGGCAAUGAGUCAAUGAAAGUUGCACAACUAGAGGCAGACAACAGAGUAUUGAAGGAAAAGAUAGAGCAUCUCACACGACUUACAGACUUGCAAAAGACUGAAACUGUGAUCUUGAAAAACGAUGCUCUUAACGAUAUAUUAGCUGGAGGAGGUUCGCUGCACACAAUGAUGGCUAACCUCGAAGAUUUCCACAAGAGAGUCAACUAUGAAAUGGAAGAAUACAAGUCGUAUAUAUACCAUCUUGAAAACCAGGUACGUCUUGCACAUCAACAGAAUAUUGUUGACAACAAACCAAGUUCGUCAUCUGCUAUGGAGGGAAUUACUACUGAUGCGGAUCUUGAAGCUGUAUUGAAAGACCAGGAAGAUGAAAUUCUACAAUUGAAAGAACUCUUGAAAGACAAGGAUCACAUUAUCCAGACUCUUACCAAGACUUCUAAGGUUCGUAGACUUGGAAUGUCCAAUUCUGCCAAUUCCAUGCAACACAGCAACCCAUCUGGCAAACCGAUUGUAUCAGGUUUCAGAAAUGACAACCCAAGUUCUCCCACUAGAGGAAACAAGGAAAAUGAGCCUUAUUUGAAAGACUUUAAUAUCAGCCCUAAGAAACCAAAGGAAAGUAUAGACAUUUCCGAAACUGCUGGUAUCAAAUUCGUUAUAUAA